AUGAGAGACGAGGACGUGCCCGACCUCCUUGCCCGGGGGGCUCUGCUGAGGCGGCAGAUGGGCGAUGGAGCCCUGGCCGGAACCGUUGUCGGCGUCGUUGUCGGCGUCGCCCUGCUCACCCUUUGUCUCUAUCCCGUCGUCGUCUACCAGGUCAAGCGCCGCCGACGUCCCAAAACUCCGCAUCUCGACGCCGAGAACAGUGUCACCCCUCAUUCUGGUGGCCCGGAAGUGGCCGACUUGGGUUAUCAUCGACGGCUGUCGUCCAGCGAUUCGUUCAAGCGGGAUGGCGAACUGUCUCGCGGCGCCGUCCCCGCCGCUCCAAGAAACAAGGAAUGGGGCCUGGCUUCUCACAAUCAAGGGGUAGGGCACGCUGCCGACGGCCACGCUGCGCCAUGGCACAUGUCGUCGACGGGGACAGAUGUUGCUACGACCGACGCGUCCCGUGCAGUAACUCAUGCGCUCCCCGGCGAGUAUAACCUCCAAUCAUCACCCUCGCCGUUGCCUUUUUAUGCCGGAGAGUACAUGCCCGUGUCCGAGGUGCGCGAUGAUCAUCCUGGGGUCCUCCGCGGAACCAGCGCCGACUAUUACAGCCCUUCGAUCCCGUCCGAGGCCUUUGGAAUGGUUGCGACUCCCACGGAUGUAUCUGUUGACAUACCCCGGGCGAGUCGCGGCAGCUCCUUCAAAUACAACGUUCGGCACAUGUUUCGGCGAGCAAGUGGCCAGGACCGUACAACUGCCUCCCACCCCUCCGCUGCCAGUGCCGGCGACAACAUCCCCGCCUCAUACGGCGUAUCUGCCCUGCGACAAAUAACUACAGACCAAGGCUUGACCGAGUCCCCGACUACUGUGUCUCCAACCAUUGUCGUGCCCGUGGCGUCGGCUUCUGCCCCCCCGACCAAGUCUCCGCCGGCAUCGCCUCCGCCAUCUUCGGCCCAGACUCCGCCACAACUACCGCAUGCCGAAUCAUCAUUCAAGACCUCACCCUCACCUCCGUCUUACCCUGCUCCUGGGACGGUGAAUCCGAUGGAUAUUAUGCCCGCAAGCACCGAGACCGAAGUCUGGCAUCGAACAGAACACGAGUUGUUUGUAUCAUCCCACGGCCGGACGGCAGCAGCCUCGGUUCCCCCGGACCACCAGGGCAGCAAUGACAACGACAUCAAUACGGACUCUGCUCCUUCUACAGCGUUGGAGACGCCAUCAACCGUGGUCCCACCUCGAACUGUUCUGGCCGCUAAAUCUCCUACUCCCAUGGAAGUCCCGGAGCAGAUCGUUCAGGACCAGCCGACGGACGAUGAUACAUCCGUCGCAGACUUUCCCUCGCAAGAUCAUAUAAGCCCGUUGACAUUGUCACAGCCCGGGCGACAUCAACGAUAUCUCUCUGAGCAAUCUGUACCCCUACAAGGGCCUGGAUCGACAGACCUAUCGUCGCACAACACCCCUUCAACACAACUCGACAGUCCAACUCCCGAAUCCUUGACCAGCUCUGACUUUCGACACAGCGUUUCGCCACAAUCGGUGGUGUCCUCGGUCAAGACUGGCGUCUUUCGCUGUGAUGAAACUGGCUGCCAUCAGGCUUUCGACCAGCCACACAAACUCAAGCAUCACCAGAGAUACCAUAGCAAGGAUCACAAAUGCCCGUAUGCGAACUGCGGCAAAGGAUUUGGUACCAAAACACACUUGCAGCGCCACAUAAACGACCGACACGAAAAGAAGAAGAAAUUCCACUGUUCGGUGCAAGGCUGCGACUACUCCAGGACAGGCGGCAAAGGCUUUCCCAGAAAAGACAACUGGAAGAGACACAUGACCAAGAUUCACAACAUGGAUCAGGCGCAUCUCCCCGAGCCUGUCGAGGUAGACCAGGAGAUGAGUGGAGUAUAA